AUGAGUGGCGCGACUGAGACUCAACAAGUCGUAGAUGCGUUUAAUAGCAUGUCGAUAAGAGAUGCCAAGGAUGAUCUCGCUCAUUGCGUACCGAGACCUGAUUUCGGUCGUCAAGGCAAAAGAAUCACCGUUACUGCCAACAUGUUUCCGGUCACAUUCAAAAAGAGUGACAUGAUCGUAUAUCAUUAUGAUAUAGAUAUCGAUGUACAAUCCACCAUCAGAUCAAGGGACUCAACUGGUGGCCGAAAACAAUACAAGGAGUUGAAAUGGAAGAUUUGGAAGGAGCUUUGUGCUACUGCCCCAGAAGGGCAAAUCAGAGAUGGUCUUGCCGCAGCGGCAUUUGACAGGGAACGUAACUUUUAUACCAUUUUCAAGUUACCACUUAGUGGGGCCGUUGCAAACUUCAAGGUCGAGCUCAAAGAUGAGGAAGGGCAAGCUCCCACUCAAGGAGGAAGACAAAACAGAGUCUUCAACGUUAAAGUUCAAUUCGCCCGAGAGAUCGACUUGAACGUACUCUUGUCAUACUGUCAAGGCCAAGCGUUCGAUCCCGAGACGAGAGAUAUGGUCGCUAUGGGAAAAGCUGCUAUCAACACCCUUCUUCGUCAAGAUCUGUAUGGCCGAUUUGUUCCGAAAGGCGGUCAAGGUAGAAGAUUCUUUGCUCUCGAUGACGCUGUGCCCAUGAGUGGAGCUGGAUUGGUUCUUAAUGGAUUCAUUCAGUCUUUCAUCCCUAGCCAAAGUGGUCUUCCAGCGGUUCAGCUUGAUACUGCUUAUGGUCCAUUCUUCCGAUCUGGGGACUUGCUAGGAAUCGUAACGGAAAUCUUCAUGGGCGAUGGCAACGGUAGUGGUAGAAGAGGCGGUAGAGGUGCCAGAGGUGGUCCAAGAGGAAGAGGUGGCUUUGGUCCGGGAUUGGGCAAUUCCUCUGCCCGCUUGGCAGAUAUACUGUCCCGACGAUACAGUCACGAAAAAUUGAAAAAGUUGUUUUGGGGUGCCAAAUAUACCUUAACCUACCGAACAACCACACGACCUUGCAAAAUCGAAGGCUUCACAGCUGAAACAGCUGCACAGAUCAGAUUCGAGAUCAACGGACACAACAGUUCACAGAAGAAGAUGCAUCCAGACUUACCUAUGAUUGUGACUGGCAAAGACAGAGGGAGAAAGUUGAUUCCAAUGGAGUUCGUUCAACUCGAGGAAUUCAAUGGUAUCCCCUUCACUGCAGUGUCGUCCAAUCAGACUGCCGAAAUGAUAAAAGUGGCAGCGAAAGCACCUGAUCAUCGAAGAAAGCAGAUCAUGGGUUGGCGUGGCAAGCUCGAUUACUCUCGACUACCUAGGAUAAGAGACUGGUGCCUUGAAGUUAGCCCCAACAUGAUGAAACUGCAAGCGAGAAUCCUUGAUCCACCUAAGGUGAAUUAUAAGGGCAAAGCGGUAACACCAAUCAAUGGUGCUUGGAAUUUGAAUGACAAUAAGUUCGUGAAAGCCAAUGUACCUCUGUCAGCCUGGUCAAUCUUGUGUUUUGACAGAUCCCUCGAUGAUGGCGGGCUCAGAUCCGUUAUGGGGAAAUUGAUGUCGACCUUAUCGAGAAACGACUGCAACGUUCAAGGCAGAGAACCGCCGAUCCACAGGAGAGACUUGACAAACCUCCUAGCAUCGCUUAGUGCCGCUGCGAAUCUUGCUUCCAAAUACGGAGGAAACGUUUAUCCCCAAUUGAUCGUUAUCGUUGUACCAUUCAAGGAGUCUGGUUUAUAUCAAGCUAUCAAGAGAAUCGCUACUAACGAACUUACAAAGCCGGUAGUAACUCAAAUCAUGCUCUCCGCCAAGUUCGAACAAGGGCUUUCUAUGUAUCUGAGUAAUUUGUCCAUGAAGAUCGACUCCAAGCUUCGAGGAGUUACGCAUGCGGUGCCGAUACCAAUUUCGAUCGAUAAGACCACGAUGUUGAUUGGUGCCGAUGUCACUCACCCUCCCCCAGCUGGAAAGGAUAAGGCAUUGCAGCCUUCAAUCGCUGUGUCCGUGGCUGCCGUUAAUGGCGAUAACAACAUGUUCAGACCGUGUAUCCGAGUCCAGCCAGGAAGACGGGAAAUGAUAGAUGAUCUCACUUCAAUGAUGAAGGAUCAUAUAAAAUUGUUCGAGACGAGGACCGGGUCCAAGCCUAAGAAGAUCUUAUUCUUCAGAGAUGGAGUUUCUGAGGGUCAAUACGAUCUAUGCGCUACAAUCGAGAUGGAUCGGGUCAGGCAAGCGUUCAAAGAGCUUGAUCCAAAAUACAAUCCUAAGAUCACCUUGAUCAUCUGCGCUAAGAGACACCAUAUGAGAUUUUUUGCUGACGUUAGAAGAGAUACCGAUAAAACUGGCAAUUUAUUAGCAGGUACUGUGGUUGACACGGACGUCACUCAUCCCUUCGCCUUUGACUUUUACCUACAAUCUCAUGCGGGAUUACAAGGUACCGCCAGACCUACACACUACGUUGUCGUCAUCGAUGAGAACAACGUACGUUUCGUGAUGCAAGGUCUUUGUAACGAUUUGUGCUACUCUUAUGCGCGAAGUUCCCGAGCGGUGUCUCUCGUUCCUGUAGUUUACUAUGCCGAUUUGAUCGCGUGGAAAGCUAGAGAUUUUGUCUACCCUCCCGAGGACACCAGUGAUACUGCUUCGGUCGUCACUGGAUCUUCUGUUACUGUUCAAGCAAGUUUUGAUCCCCAGCAAUUGUGUAAGUGA